AAAAGACCCAAUGAAAUGCAUUCACAUUAUUUGAGCACGUCACGCAGCAAUCCUCAGUUUUAUACAUUUUCUCAAGUAUUUGAGAAAGCGGCGAUUUUAGAUCCUCUGUGGAAAGAGGACGUUCAGCAAUCAGCUUGGCUUGAUUUCUGGAAACGCGAAGGUCACGAGUUUCUUGAGCAGAAGUGGCACAAACAGUAUCCCGAGUAUAAGCAGGCAAUUGAGUUAGCCACACCCGAAGAGCGUGCAGCUUGGCAGAAGUUGUGGGAAAAACAUGCCAGCGAUCAAAGCGCACAUUUCUGGCAUAUCUUUUCAUGUGUCUUGGAGAACUACGAAAGGGAUCUGAGUAACGGUUUGAAAGAUGUUGGUCACACCUUAACCGAUAUAGACGAACAUUUCACGUAUUUAGAUAUAAAUCAAACCGACGCCACUAUAGCAAGUGUUGAAUGCAACGAAGAGGACCAGGAUUAUCUUACCGCUAACGACGAUCCAGAUUUUCUUGACGAGGAGCAGCAGCUAAGACUGCUCGGAUUACCCACAUCUUUUGGUGUAAAAAGUGCCACAAGCCGACAAAAACCAAAACAAAAGCCCCCAAGCGAAUCUGAGAGUGACAGCGACAUGUCCAACGAAAAGGAUGAGAUGCAUGCAGUUAAGGCGCGGGCCAUUAGGAAAAAGAAGCGACAAAAGAACUCAAAAAUUCCACAGUUUAUGAGAGACGACAACCUUUUGCUUAAGUAUUGGUUCAAGCGCUUCUCGCUCUUUUCCCGCUUUGAUCAGGGCAUCGUCUUGGAUCGGGAAAGCUGGUUCUCAGUGACCCCAGAAAAGAUUGCCAAACAGACGGCUCGACGUCUCGCCUGCGAUGUUAUUGUGGAUGCAUUUUGCGGUUGUGGCGGCAAUGCCAUACAAUUUGCUAACACUUGUGGCCGCGUGAUUGCCAUUGACAUUGACUUAAACAAAUUGACUAUGGCAAAGCAGAAUGCUGCUAUUUAUGGUGUAGCCCAUAAGAUUGAGUUUGUCCAUGCGGACUUCUUACAGUUUGCCAGCACCACACGUUUGCGACCCGAUGUGAUUUUUCUCAGUCCACCCUGGGGUGGACCGGAUUAUCAAAAACAGGCCAAUUUUGAUAUUGAACAGAAUUUGCUACCGCUGGGAGCGACUCAGUUGAUGGAACAUGCACGACGGCUCACGGACAAUAUUGGAUUCUUUUUGCCACGCAGCUCGAACAUUAAACAGGUAAUUGCGCUUACGCACGCGGGCGAACAGUGCGAGGUGGAGCACAACUAUUUGGAUACGCGUUUGGUGGCAAUAACAGCCUACUAUGGCAAGAGCUUGGUCAAGAGUCAAAAGUAGGCGCCAGAACAUUAAUUAUUAGCGUCAAUUCGGGCUAAAAUCUAUUGUCGAAAAAGUAGUACUUACUUGAAUUUCUUAAAUUAAUUGAGUUUUAAAUUUAAGUAUGUAAAUACUUAUAUAUAUU